AUGCCUGUGGUUCAGACGAUUUUUCUUCAGUUUCCGCCGGCUGCAAUUUCACCUUUUUUAUCAUGUUCAAUUCCUGCGAGUAACAAUAUCCCCGUGAAAUUUACCGUUUCGUGCUGCUCGUUAGCAUCGCCAGUUACUGUGGUAAAUGGAAAUGUAGAGAAAAUGCCGUCUGAGAGAAAUGAAGUUCGGCUUGGCUUGCCAAGUAAAGGUCGAAUGGCUAUAGACACUCUUGAUCUUCUCAAGGAUUGUCAAUUGUCAGUCAAGCAGGUGAAUCCGCGGCAGUAUGUUGCAGAAAUUCCUCAGAUUUCAAAUUUAGAAGUUUGGUUCCAACGGCCAAAGGACAUUGUGAGAAAGUUGGUGUCUGGAGAUCUUGACCUUGGUAUUGUUGGUCUGGAUACGGUUAGCGAAUAUGGGCAGGGUAUCGAAGAUCUCAUCCUUGUCCAUGAAGCUCUUGACUAUGGAGACUGUCGUUUAUCCGUAGCGAUACCCAAGUAUGGCAUUUUUGAGAAUAUAAAUUCUUUACAAGAGCUAGCACAAAUGCCGCAGUGGACACCUGAGAGACCUCUGCGGGUUGCAACUGGCUUCACAUAUCUAGGUCCAAAGUUUAUGAAAGAAAAUGGAUUGAAAAAUGUCACUUUUUCAAGCGCUUAUGGAGCUCUGGAGGCAGUUCCUGCAAUGGGGAUAGCUGAUGCCAUUGUGGACCUUGUGAGCAGUGGAACCACAUUGAGGGAAAAUAAUUUGAAGGAAAUUGAAGGUGGAGUUAUGUUAGAAAGUCAGGCUGUCCUUGUUGCAAGCAGAAAGUCGCUGAACCAACGAAAAGGUGUGCUUGAUAUAACACAUGAAAUAUUAGAAAGAUUGGAGGCACAUUUGAGGGCUGUUGAUCAGUUCACGGUAACUGCCAACAUGAGGGGAAGCAGUGCAGAGGAAGUGGCUGAACGAAUACUGAGUCAAACAUCAUUAUCUGGGUUGCAGGGGCCCACUGUAACUCCAGUUUUUUGUAAACGUGAUGGAAGGGUGACUGCUGACUAUUAUGCCAUAGUUAUUUGUGUACCAAAGAAAGCAUUGUACAAGUCUGUUCAGCAGCUUAGAGCGAUUGGAGGCAGCGGUGUUCUGAUAUCUCCUCUGACCUACUUCUUCGAUGAAGAAACACCAAGAUGGAGCCAGCUUCUUUUAAACCUUGGGCUUUAG